AUGUCUACAACGGUCAGCGAUCUUGCAUCCCCAACUACACUUGUCGAUAUCAUUGACUAUUGGGCUGUUGAAACACCAUCUGGAAUAGGUGCAGAGUUUGGGGAACAGAAAAUCACGUAUGCGGAGUUGCGAAGCUCGUCUCCUCCUACCAGCCGGGCGCUGUUAUCGGCUGGCGUGCGGCCUCACGACAAAGUUCCACUUCUGACAGCCAUGUCACUCAACAUGAUCCCCGCUGUUGUCGGUAUAUUGAGAGUCGGAGUAUGUUUUGUGCCCAUAGAUCUGGUCGUCUGGGGCCACUCACGUGUUGAAGUAGUAUUGUUAGAUUUCUCUGUACUCUUCUCUCUGACUACCAUAUGUUGUCCAGGGGUUCAUCUGCUAGUGCUCACUGUGAACUUCCAGAAGGAAUGGUUGAAACGACAAUUUGAAGACAGUGAUGAGGUUUUGGCUAGGCUGGAACUGAUUCGAAGUCACCACUGUGACGGCGAUCUCGCCUGA